AUGAUAGUUCGAAUGAUGGACGCCGAUACACUAAGAGAUAUUCAAGGUCGCGUUCGAGAUCAAGGACGAGGUCAAGAUCACAUUCGAGAGGCAGGUCGAGAACAAGAUCAAGAAGUCCACGUCGAGAUAGACAUUGUACUUCUAAAUCAUUACGGGCGUUGGUCAAGGUCGAGUUCAUCUGGAAGAGGUCCUGGUAGUCGAUCUCCACGUCGUCAUCGAGAUCAUUCGCCUCUUGACUCAGCUGAAAGGCAAUAUCGCGAGUCUGGGGAAUUUUCGAGCGCAAUUCCUUAUUUGCAGUCUCGAAGUAUGCCGAGUAGUCGGUAUUCUCCACCAAGUAUCGUCUAUGGGCAGCCACAUUACAAGAUAGUAAUGAAAAUGUUGCCACAAGGAGUACAACGCGAUGCAUUAAUGGCCCAAAUUGCCCGUCAGGGAUUCCAUGUGAAAGAUAUUCGAAUUAUCCAUAAAAGUCCAGAUCGUUGCUUUGGAUUCGUGGAAUUUGCUGAUGUGAGUAGCGCACAAGCAUGGAUGGAAUUCAAUAAGGGUACUCUUGUUUUACGUGAUGGUCGUCAGAUUAAGCUGGAAUAUUCACGUUAUGAUAGUCUUGAUGGCAGAUCUAAUAGUGCUGGAGGGGCAGGGGAUUGGAUGUGUGCAAAGUGUACCAUUAAGAAUUUCAAGAAUCGAGGAUCUUGUUUUAAAUGCAAUUUGACUAGGAAUGAAUCUGACGGCUUAACACGUAAAGGAUAUGCUGCAAUUGGUGUUGCCAAAUGUGAUACAUUAUUGCUUCGUGAAAUACCUCUCAAAUGUACUGAGAGCAAAAUUGAAGCUGAACUUGGUAGAGUUUCGUCACUAGAAGUUCUUCGUGUUCAUAUCGCUGAAUCAGGAAUGUAUGCUUAUGUACAGAUGCGUAGCGCUGAUGAUGCAGAGCGUCUUAUGCUGACUUUUAAUAAAAUUCCACUACUCAUUGAUGGAUGCACUAUUAUGGUUACAUACUCGCGACUUCCACUGAAUACAGUUUUAUCGACAAGUUUGUUGAAUGAUUCUUAUCAGAAAGCAAGUGAUCGUAUUAAUCAGCUUUCUGCAUUUCGGCCUACAGCUGGAUCUUCUGGUCAAUGUGGUGUGGAAGCUGCUCAGUUAGCCAUUGCAAAAGCUGCUCUUAUCAGACAAAUUACAAAUUCUAUGACACCUGCUGAUGCGUAUCAAGUCCCGCAUCUUAGUACGGUAUUAGCAGCUACACAGGAAGCUAAUUUUGUGGUCACAGACCAUUUCAGAGAUGAGUUAUCGUCACAGAAUUUCGUUUGUGUAGAUGACAUUACUGAUCCGAAUUCAACACAUAAUACUUCAUCUACUGUACAAGGGCCAACGGAACUUGGUGAAGUGGAGACACCUUGGGGAAUUUUUAAAAAAUAUCCAACACCAAACCCAACGCUUUAUCAGUUUGAAUCGUCCUCUGGAUUGUAUUAUGACCCAGCCACUAAACUUUAUUAUGACAGUAAUUCUCAAUAUUAUUGGAAUGCUGGCAGUCAGCAGUGGAAUAGCUGGAACGCUACCUACCAAACAUACAUUCCUUGUGAUUCUAUUAAUAAUAACUUAUCGUCAGUUAAAGCAGAACCGAUGACUGUGCAAGAUAAAGAGGUUGGUACACAAAUAAACGACAAAAUGCCAUCGAUUGAACAAGAAAAGGCAAAGGAAGCAGAAAAAAAAGAACCACAGAAGUCUGCAAAAGACAUAGCACGUGAGAUGGCUAAGUGGGCGAAGCGUCAAAGUAAAGUCCUACUUGCUGUUAAGGCACCUGCAAAAUUAGAAAAUGUUUCACCAUUAGUCAGUGGCUCUUCUAAGCCUAAAUCUUUAGAUGCGAUUGAAUCGACUGCGGAUCUCACCUUUAAAAUGUUGGAGAAAGCGAGCAAUCCUUUCGGUUCCGGUAGCGAUGAGGAAGAAGAAGAGGCGAAUAUACCUCCUAAAGUUUCUACUGUUGGAAUUUAUCGGUCUGCUUUGAAUAGUAUUUCAGUUCAUGCAAUAAAAAGCAAUGUCGUUUCUUCUUCAGUCACUGAAGAGUCAAUUGAUAUUAAAAAAACAAAUAAUGAAGAAUCAGAAAGUUUUGUUGAUACAGAGAGGAAAUUUUGCAAUUUGUGCAAACGCAAAUUCGGUAGCGUUGAAGUUUUAAUGAAACAUAUACGAAUGUCCGAUUUGCACAAGAAAAAUUUGGAAGCUUUACAGAAAGCUAAUGAUGUUUCAUUAAUUGAUACUGCGACAACAUCGUUUAGUACCGGUCAAGGUAAGCAACAAUACAGAGAUAGAGCGAAAGAACGUCGUAAUAUGUUCGGAUUGGAUCCAAGUGGUUUCACUUUUGAAUCUUCGGACGCGGACAUAAUUGAUUACGCUGUGCGUUCACAAGACGUACCUAUUGAUCAAAGUAAUAUAGGUAAUCGCUUAUUGAAAUCAAUGGGAUGGAUUGAAGGAUCUGGGAUAGGAAAGAAUAAUCAAGGUAUUUUAAAUCCCAUCAGCACUGAGCGUCGUGUAGAAGGAGCAGGUCUUGGUGCUGCAGGUUCAAAAGUUUUGCAUGGAGCUAAUGCGUCACGGAAAGAACGUGCCCAUUCAGCGAUGUUGAAUAGAUUUCAAGAGUUGAGUUAA